UCCAGGAAAACCCAUGGCCAUGAGGUCGAUCCUGUUUUUGUUUUUUGGUGCCCUUUUUGGUCAUAUAUACUGUCUAGAAACAUUUGUGGGAGACCAAGUUCUUGAGAUUGUACCAAGCAAUGAAGAACAAAUUAAAAAUCUGCUACAAUUGGAGGCUCAAGAACAUCUCCAGCUUGAUUUUUGGAGAUCACCCAGCACCCCAGGGGAGACAGCCCACAUCCGAGUUCCCUUUGUCAGCGUUCAGGCAGUCAAAGCAUUCUUGGAGUCCCAGGGAAUUGCCUAUUCCAUCAUGAUUGAAGAUGUGCAGGUCCUGUUGGACAAAGAGAAUGAAGAAAUGCUUUUUAACAGGAGAAGAGAACGGAGUGGUAACUUCAAUUUUGGUGCCUACCAUACCCUGGAAGAGAUUUCCCAAGAAAUGGAUAACCUCGUGGCUGAGUACCCUGGUCUAGUGAGCAAAGUGAAUAUUGGCUCUUCUUUUGAGAAGCGGCCUUUGAACGUGCUUAAGUUCAGCACCGGAGGAGACAAGCCAGCUAUCUGGCUGGAUGCUGGGAUCCAUGCUCGAGAGUGGGUUACACAAGCUACGGCACUUUGGACAGCAAAUAAGAUUGCCUCUGAUUAUGGAAAGAACCCAUCCAUCACUUCCAUUCUGGACACCCUGGAUAUCUUCCUCCUGCCAGUCACAAACCCUGAUGGAUACGUGUUCUCUCAAACCAAAAAUCGUAUGUGGCGGAAGACCCGGUCCAAGGUAUCUGGAAGCCUCUGUGUUGGUGUGGAUCCUAACCGGAACUGGGAUGCAGGUUUUGGAGGACCUGGAGCCAGCAGCAACCCUUGCUCUGAUUCAUACCAUGGACCCAGUGCCAACUCUGAAGUUGAAGUGAAAUCCAUAGUGGACUUCAUCAAGAGUCAUGGAAAAGUCAAGGCCUUCGUUACCCUCCACAGCUAUUCCCAGCUGCUGAUGUUCCCCUACGGGUACAAAUGUACCAAGCCAGAUAACUCUGAUGAGCUGAGUGAAGUGGCCCAAAAGGCUGCCCAAUCUCUGACAAGCCUGCAUGGCACCAAGUACAAAGUGGGACCAAUCUGCUCUGUCAUCUACCAAGCCAGUGGAGGAAGCAUUGACUGGUCCUAUGAUUGCGGCAUCAAGUACUCAUUUGCCUUUGAACUGAGAGACACAGGGCGCUAUGGCUUCCUCUUGCCAGCCCAUCAGAUCCUUCCCACAGCUGAGGAGACCUGGCUUGGCUUGAAGGCAAUUAUGGAGCAUGUGCGAGACCACCCCUAUUAGGGCGCUGAGGAAGAAACAAGAGCCAUUAAAAUCUCUUUGGUUUGAAGCAA